AUGGGGACCCCCAUGUCCCUCGAGGGUCGAGGCCUGGCAAUCUUUGUCUUGGCUGCCGUAUUCAUGAUUCUCUCCCUAACUACGGUUUCACUGAGAUGCUUCGUUCGUUCAUACAUCGUCCGAGCCUUUGGCUGGGAUGACUUUCUGAUGCUCAUAGCACUGGCACUUUUUGUCAUACUGGCGAUAUGCUGUAUGAUUGGGACGUCCAAUGGUGUCGGUCACCAAUUUGACGAUUUCACAAGUUUAGUUAUCUAUGAGAGAGCGCUUCUGUGGUGGUGGCUCAGUCAAAUGUUCUACGUCUGGUCAUCCGCUGUAGCCAAAGUUUCUAUUGCCGUUGCACUACUUCGAUUGACAGUGAACCGAGUCCACCGCAUUAUUCUUUGGAGUACGAUCACCCUGACUAUCAUUAUUGGACUCAUCUUCUGGCUAGUCCUUCUUCUGGACUGCCACCCGAUCUCCUAUUUCUGGAAGCAAGCGAACGACCGUUCAACUGGCAGCUGUCUAUCAGUAGAUAUUCUGCUGGACAUUGCAUAUCUCUAUAGUGCCCUCACAGUUGUAUGUGAUUUCACUCUUGGUAUCCUGCCAAUUUUCCUGGUUUGGCAUCUACAGAUGAAUCGCAGAACAAAGGUGGCAGUUGGGGGGAUUUUAAGCUUGGGAGCUAUCGCGAGUGUGGCUGUGAUCAUCCGACUUCCAUUCCUCAAAUAUUAUGCCGAUACUGAUUUUCUAUAUUCAACUUAUCAAAUCGCCGUCUGGACAAUCAUUGAAACCGGCCUCGGAAUCACUGCGGGUAGUCUCAUCACCCUUCGCCCGCUUUUCCGCUGGCUCCUGGAUGGAAGCUUGUCCAACGGUCAAAAUGGACGUACCCCUGAGAGAAGCUCUGGGCAGUAUCGUCUGUCCAGUUUUAGAAGUGGCGGAGCGAAACAGUCUCAAGAUCCCAGCCUAUGGCGCCCUGACACCAGUGCCAACGACAGAACAGUGGACAUCAUGUCAUUGCCUCGAUCAAAAAUUUCCAACGAUGCCAGCAGCAGCCAGGAAGCUUUGAACCCUCCGAGUUCAGCAAAUCCGCGAAACGGGGUGACUGUCCAACGUAGUUUUGUACAAACUGUGUCAGACGGGGGAAUGUAG